AUGAGUAUUGGAAUGUGUAGAAGCUUAUCGAGAGCGGAUCUACAUGAGCUUAACGUGCAAAUUCCGAAUCCCGAAGCCACGAAGCCACGAGGAAUGACGGAUGUGGCUUGUGAGGCGCAAGGUCAAGGUGCGCAUACCCAUGAUCGCCGCGGCUCGGCGCUGCUAACCCGCUUCACCCGCAGUGCGACGGGGAACGACCCCACUGCGCUCGAUGUCUACGAGGCGGCCAUCGCUGUGACGGAUACGAUCGAUCCCGAAAUGGGCCAUAUCAACUUCCGAUGUCAGCAGACGUCGAAUCUGUUCGAGGUCUUCCCGACCGUCAUGAAUGGCAAGAAUAGCCAACUACUUGACCGGGCCAUAUCAGCGCUUGCUGCUGUCUUUGUGGGCAAUAAAAUCGACGAUGAACAGUUGGUUCGACAUGGUGUUGGCCUAUACAAUAACGCCAUUCAAGUGUUUGCACGUCUCAUACCGCGAUCUGGGCUCCCGGUUCAAGAGGUUCUAUGUGCGAAUGUUGUAUUUCAACUAUAUGAGCUUAUAAACUGCACAUCCGGAUUCUCGGGAUGGACAGCGCAUAUGGAAGGCGCCAACGCUGUUCUCGCUCGACACCAACAAUCCCUGGAAAGAGACAAAUUAUCCUCAAUGUUACUUCGCCAGCUGAAACUAUCAAAUAUAUUCCAUGCAAUAGGAAAAUCCAAAUCAGCCCUCGCUUUUUGCCCGAUGUGGCGGUAUCUAUCACCUAGGGACUCGGAUGAUCCUAUCGACGAAAUCAUCGACAUCCUUAUGGCAUGCACCAGUCUCCUCGCUCGAGAAGAUGACUUGCAAUCUACAUAUGAUAUCGAGCAAUUAAUCCAGCAGUGCUGGGAUCUUCACAUGCAAACCAUGGCCUGGAACGAUAAGCUCAAGCUAAUUCAUGGAAAAUCGCUCUACACUAGGGUUCCGGACGAGACCAAAGUCACUCGAACUUCAUCCAGCAGGAACGUCUUACCAGAUAGAUAUGAAUUCAUAGCCCUUGAAGUCGCAGAGUCACACAUGCUCUGCUGGACUGCAAUGCUCAUAAUGUACUCUCUUUUCCACCGACUGGAGAUACACAAAAAGCUUCUUUCUCCGGGAUACACGUCCGAUAAAGAAGCAGAAACAUUCCUUAAAGGAGCACAGCACUACGCCACGCAGAUCUGCCUUGGCGUGGGCUACUUCCUUCAACCGCACAUGCAUAUCCUUGGUGGGCAUAACUUGCUCUUCCCGGUGAGCAUGGCGUCUCAGUUCUUUCUCAUCAAUGAACUGCAUGGCCAGUACCAGUGGUGCCAGGAGGUCUUCAUUGCACUUGAGGCUGACGGCCUAGGGCUCGCCAGUGUUCUGCUAGGGACACCCUGGUCCAGAUACAAAGAAAGCAGUCCACCGGUGAUUAAAAUUGAAGCUGAAGCUGAAGCUGAAGCUGAAGCUGAGGUUGAAGCUGAGGUUGAAGCUGAAGUUGAAGCUGAGGCUGAAGAUUUGGGGUACGAUGCUUGA